AUGGAGCUUUUUGAUUACUGGAAUUUACUGCUGCUAAGGGUUAUGAUUUCUAGAAGAUUAUAAGAUAUGGUAAAUACAUUUAAAAGCUGCCUUUACUUGGCAUAAGAAUUUGGCUGCAUGUCUAUGUAUAAUAGAGCAUAUUUUGAAAUUUAAAAGGAGCUCACCAAAGACAAAUGA